GCUGCGCGGCCUGCCAAUCUGGUUGUAAUCCUGCAGGAAUUUCUCCAGGCUUUAACUAGGAGUCGCGCUGCUGCCUGCGCCUCACACCAGACCGCAAGUAAGUGGAGGCGAAGCGAGGAGUCGCAGCAGCAACCUGGGACCGACGAGGCUCCGCUCGUCCCUCGUGGAAAACUCCGCUCUUUUCCCUCCUGGCCAAACUUUUCCCCCCUCACCCCCGCCCCAUUUUUGGCGUGUGUUUUGUUGCCUCGUUUCUUUGAGCGGCGGCGGCGACGAGAGCAGCGCGAGGAAGAAAGCGCCUCCUCAGCAGCAGUCGAGGGACGGGCUUGGAGGGAGGCAGGCGAGGCACAGCGGGCAGGCGGCAGAGUAUCAGCACCAGCCGCCGCAACAGCCUCCCACCGCCCCUUCCCUUCCCUUCCCCCUUGCUCCCCACCAGCCAGCCAACUCCGCCCUGAAGCUGGUAGGCUUGCAGCGAGCCAACAAGUGAGGACGAGCCGCGGCUGCGGGCGCAAGACGAGGCAAGAGGGCAAGGGGGAGCCAGCGAGUCCAUUGCUGCUGCCGCCGCCGGGGCGGGGGAGACCACAGUCGGAUCUGCCUGGGAGGCUCGUUUUUGGAGCCUGGUGGUGGUGGGGUCCUUCUCGCGGUGUCGUCUGGUGACUGUGGCCCGAGGCAAGAGCUGCAGCCCCGGGUGGAAUAAUGUGGAACGUGUGGAUAAUGCUUGCUGUCGCCUUGAUGGCCUGCUGCGUCUCUGGAGAGACGAGAGCAGCAUUGACCUCUGAUAAAGACCUGUACCUUGACAACAGUUCAAUUGAGGAAGCAUCAGGAGUCUAUCCAAUUGAUGAUGAUGAUUAUAGUUCGGGAUCAGGCUCAGGAGCGGAAGAAAAGGAAGAAAGCACAGAGACAGCAACAACAUCAAGAAUGAUUCCAAAGAUGCUGCCAACUAGUGAUGCUCCUAGAACUGAGAGAACUACACUGAAAAUGCAGACCAAAGUACCCACACAAACAAAGUCACCUGAAGAGAUUGAUAAAAAUAGGAUUCUCAAACCUGAUGCGGAAAACAAAAAUGCUAAACCUGGGCCAGGUGACGAUGCAGAUGUAUUCACUCAAAAACACUCAGAAAACCUAUUUCAAAGAACAGAAGUAUUGGCAGCUGUUAUUGCUGGUGGAGUGAUUGGCUUUCUCUUUGCAAUCUUCCUUAUCUUGCUCUUGGUAUAUCGUAUGAGAAAGAAGGAUGAAGGCAGCUAUGACCUUGGGGAACGUAAACCAUCCAGUGCUGCUUACCAGAAGGCACCUACUAAAGAGUUUUACGCAUAAAACUCUUACUUAGUGUCUCUGUUUAAGAGAUCACUGAACUUUUUAAAUAAAGCUUUUUUGCAUAGAAUAAUGAAGAACCUUUUUUUUUCAUUAAAGCGCCUUUAUGGCACCUUUAUGAUAAAAAAUCCCAUUGUAUUUAAAACUUUUCAUGUAUUCCUUUUAAGAAAAUGUAAAGUAAAAUCUUAACAUUUUGCAGUGUUCUGUGAAUAACGGUGGCAAGACAUUAUUUUAUAUAGCCAUUGAUGUUCACUGAAUCAUUUUAAAACUUUAUGCAUAAAUGAAAAUGAUUGUUUUAUCCUAUGGUUCAAUGGAAGUUGUUUAAUUUUUGUCAGCAUGUCUGAUUGAUCUUACAAGUUAGUUUUUAUUUCAUUAAUUUAUCUGUUUCCAAAAAAAAAAAAUGCCUUUUUGUAGUUGUCAUGGUGCAAUUUGUCUUCGGAUAACUCAGAUAAUGGUAACUCUUAGUGUAAAUGUAUUUUUUUCAGCUAUGUAAACUAUAACCUCCACUUUGUAUAAAUUUUAGUGUCAGAAAAUCCAUUUUACACCUUGCUUUGUUUCUCAAUGUUCCUGUAGCUUCAUUGAAACUUACAGCAGCAAAUUAAUGUGUAAAAUUGGACGAUUACUACAAACUCUGUAGUCGUGCCCUUAUGAAAACAAUCUUCUUUACGGGAGAUUUGUAGUAAGCUACUGACAAGCCUACACAAACCCAAAGACAGUAUUCGAAGAAGUUGCUGCAAAUUUCUAUGGCCACUAUUCGUUAACUUUUUUUCAAUUUGAAGGUACGAGUAGGAAUUCAAAAAAUAAAUCUCUUUUUUUUGUUCUUAAUAAAUGCAUUUAAGUUGUAAACGUCUUUUAAAGCCUUUGAAGUGCCUAUGAUUCUAUGUAACUUGUUGCAGACUGGUGUUAAUGAGUAUAUAACGGUAAAAAAAGAAAAUGUUGGUAUUUUAUAAGCACAGACAAUUCUAAUGGUAACUUUUGUAGUCUUACAUGGAUAGACAUAAAUUGUAAUUUGGGAACAUAAACACUACUGAAUAAAUCAUGUGGCCUAAUAAUGAA